CGGUGCUGGUGUAGCCUCGGCCUUAUUCAUCUCCGGAUUCCUCCGACUUUAAAAGGGUUGGAGUAUCAUAUAAGAGCGAGUUUCGUAAAAAUGAUAACAUGGAUUCAGCGUUCGCCUUCUCUGUUCGGCUUAAUUACUAGUUGUAGAGUGUUAUUUGUUUCUGAUGGCUUGGAUAAAUGAAUUCUGUGACCGGUUAUUGGGUUUUGAAGAAUAAAUUUUUCGUUUCGAACUUUUUAUUACGUUCUUUGUGAUGCAGAUCGUGGGCACUGAAGAGUGGUGUGGCCUGGUGCCGGGCAUGCCUGCUCUCGGGCCACCAUCCAGCCACCACCAGCGGUUAUGGUAGGGACAGGGCGUGUGGCAGCAGCAUCAGCGGCCGCCUGGCUGUGGCUGGUGGCCCUGGUGGGCGCUGCGGGCCUGCGGGGACCCGGCCCUGGUCCCGGCUCCGGCCCGCUCCUGGCGCAGUACCCUCGCGCAGGCGAGCCACAGCUGCGUCUCUCCCACAUGGCCAUCGAUUACAAGACGCGCAGGAUAUACGUGGCUGGCGUGAACGUGCUCCUUCAGCUCGACACUAACCUCAAUCUGGAACACUUUGUGGUCACGGGACCUAAGAAUGAUAGUCCUUUAUGCCACCCGAAGGGAUGCAACGAUCCUGAGAUCCCUUUGUCGCUCAUGGACAACUACAAUAAGGUGUUGCUGGUGGAGCCAGAGUCUCGAGCGCUUAUAUCGUGCGGGUCGUUGUACCAAGGCGCCUGUCAUCGGUACAGACUGGGGAACAUCAGUGCGGACGCUAGGUUCAUCCCUAUCAGCAUCGCUGCGAACGACGCCAACGCAUCCACUUAUGCUUUCAUCGGACCGAAAAGUUACAACCCUUGGGGUCGGCCAAACGUUCUUUACGUCGGAACUACGUUCACCAACAACGGGGAAUAUCGCCACGACGUCCCUGCGAUCUCCAGUAGGGACUUGGAUUCGUUAGACUUUGCGGAAUAUUCGUUUAGUAAACAGUCGUUGCUCAGUAUCGACGUGAAAUAUAGGGACCACUUCAUCGUGCAGUAUAUUUACGGUUUCAAUGCCAGUGACUACGCUUAUUUCGUGAUCGUGCAGAAGCAGUCGCAUUUGCCAGGCCAAGAAGAGCAAGGCUACGUCUCCAGACUAGCAAGGACCUGCAUCAACGAUCCUAACUAUGAUAGCUAUACGGAAGUAACGCUGCAAUGCGUCGAUGCAGAUCGGAAGUAUAAUUUAGUUCAGGACGCCAAAAUAACAGCUGCAGGAGCUGAACUAGCGGCCGCUAUGGGAAUUGAAGUAGCUUCACCUGUCUUGGUUGCUGUUUUUAGACCAGCAAGAGGUAUCACGAACGAACCUCAGAACCAUUCAGCUCUCUGCAUCUACUCUCUUCGAGACAUAGAAAACAAGUUCAUCGAAAACAUCCAUAUGUGUUUCAAUGGGAGCGUGAAAUAUCGAAAUAUGGGUUAUAUAUCUGGACCCGUCCUGGACGGUAAAUGUCCUGCAAGUGGUUCGGCUGGGAAUAUUCCGAAUUUUUGUGGUGAUGUAGGUUUGAAAAUUAGUGGCGUUACACCAAUAACAACAACUGCGGCGUUGACUUUCACUAAUGUGUCGUUAUCGGCGAUUGCUACUGCGUCCACUGGUCGACACGUAUUGGCGUUUUUGGGUACUACCGAUGGUUACAUCAAGAAAGUUCUUUUGAAUGGCCCAUCUCCACCAGAAUAUGAACAAGUUUUGGUUGAUCCGGGAAACCCUAUUCUUCCGGAUACUACUCUUUCACCUACUGGAGAUUACCUCUAUGUUCUAUCAGGAUCAAAGGUUUCAAAAAUAAAUGUAGAACAUUGUAGCACUUACACAAAUUGUUCUACAUGUUUGGAGUCAAAGGAUCCGUAUUGUGGUUGGUGUUCCUUAGAGAAAAGGUGCACUGUUCGUAGUGCUUGUCAGAAAGCUUCGCACAGCGCUCCAAGAUGGCUGUCUUUAGGCACAGGUCAGCAAUGCAUCGACUUCGAGCAGGUCCUUCCAGAGAGAAUACCCAUCAACCAGAUGACCACAGUGCGCCUCACCAUUAGAACUUUACCAGAACUGCCGUACGGUGCUAAGUACAAGUGUGUUUUUGGCUCUUCUGAUCCCAUCGAUGCUCAAGUAACGGAGUUCGGACUGAGUUGUCCCACUCCAGAUGUGUCCAGAAGGCCGAAGAUUCCUCCCAAGAUGGACCACAUUCUUGUUCCUCUCAGUGUGAGGUCGUCGGAAACGAAUAAGGACUUUGUGUCCAGGAACUUUGCGUACUACGAUUGUGGGAGGCACGCCACGUGUGGGGAGUGCGUCAGGUCCAAAUGGGCUUGUAAUUGGUGUGUUUAUGAGAAUAAGUGUACUGAUAACGCAUCUGUUUGUCAAAGGAAUAUCAUCAGUGGAGAAAAUAAUCCGGUGGCUUUACCCAAUCACGGUUACGCAUACUGUCCCCAGUUCAAAAAACGGGAUGUGAUCUUACUGCCAAAUAACGUUCUAAAAGAUAUCGUUUUCGAAGUGAAGAAUCUUCCUCAUCCUCAGGCGGGCCAUAUCGGCUUCCAAUGUAUAGUAGUCAUAGAGGGUGCCACAAUGUUAGUUCCUGCAAGAGUAGAUAAUGAAAAAUAUAUCGUUUGUGAUAAAACAACCUAUUCCUAUGAAGCUAAUGAAGGUGAACACGAAGCUAGCGUUAGAGUAGUUUGGAACAGAAAUCAUCAUAUAGAUUCAAUAAACGUGAUACUGUAUAAAUGUGAUAUCUUAGGAUCGCACAGGGAGCAUGCCGAUUGUUCUUUGUGCGUCACAAGGAACUCCAAAUACAACUGUACUUGGUGUGGCAACUCAUGUCAAUAUUUCGAGACUUGUAUGCAUGUUCCUCAUAUAGAAUGUCCCAGGCCCAGGAUUGAUAUAAUCAAACCUUUGAGUGGUCCUAUCGAAGGCGGCACUCUAUUAACAAUAGAAGGGAGUAAUUUAGGUUUAAAACAAGAAGAUGUGCAGGGGAAAAUUAGAAUAGGGGAUGUCCCGUGUAAAUUAGUAAAUUACGAAGUGUCAGUUCGCAUUCAGUGUGUCACAGGCCCUUCCAGGAGAGAGCAUACAGCUCCGAUAGUUGUUGGGAACGAAGCAGGAUAUACCGAAUCAUCCGUAGAGUUCAGUUAUCAGGAUAUCAGGUUAACAGGAAUUUAUCCAGCUAUGGGUCCUCAAAGUGGAGGGACUUUGCUAGCUAUCAGUGGAAAAUAUCUAAACAUCGGCUCAGAAAUAACGGCUUAUUUAGACGAUAAUAUAUGCGCAGUUAACUUGACUCAAGCCUCCAGUGGUAGACUGACUUGUAUAACAUCCAAAGCCCAGAGUGCAGCUAAUAUAUACAAGCUCACGCUGAGUAUAGAUGGUGCGAAUCGUACUUUAGAAGGAAACCCUUUCAAUUACACUCAAGACCCUACAAUUAUGGAGAUAAAACCUCUGAACAGUUUUGUAUCUGGUGGCAAAAUGAUUUUUGUCCACGGUACAAAUUUGGACAGCAUACAAAAACCAGAAAUGGAGGUUUAUUCUUAUCACGAACCUAACGUUCCUAUUAAUAGUACUGUUUGUACUGUUUUGAGCUCAACACAGAUGGAGUGCCCUAGUCCAGCGGUUAAUAGAAUAUUCGAAAGUUACAAUAGCAAGUCUAAGAGGUCUUUAAGAAAACCUGAGGCCAUAAAAAUGAAGGAGCCAAAGUUAUCACUGAAAAUAGGCUUCGUCAUGGACAAUGUCCAGUCAGUCCGAAACUUGGAGAAACAUUUUCCAAACUUGAGGUCGUCCAUUUUAUACGUAGAAGAUCCGAUUUUUAUUGAAUUUCCUAAUCAGAUUAAGUUAUAUAAAGGUGAUACUUUGGUUAUUGAGGGAGAGAACUUGAACGCUGCUAGUGACGAGGCAGACGUGGUGGUCACUAUUGGUACUAAACCGUGCAAUGUAACUAGUCUUGCUAUGUCGCAGUUGGUAUGUUCACCUCCAGAACUUCAACCAAGUGAUACUGACGAAGAUGGGAUAAAGACUGAUAUGAACCUUCCAUUGGUUGUUGUAAGGGUAGGAAAAAGCUUAAGGUUCCCCAUAGGAUAUUUGAAGUAUGACCUGUACAAAACCCUGGCAUUUCCACCCGAAGCGAUAAUUCUGAUAGCCGUCGGUGUUAUUUUGUUCGCGUUUUUCUCUGUCGCCGUUGUGGUCGUCUAUCGGAGGAAAUCGACUCAAGCAGAACGGGAAUAUAAACGGAUCCAGAUCCAAAUGGACACGCUGGAGAGCAACGUUAGGUCUGAAUGCAAAUUAGCUUUCUUUUCAGCUUUCGCAGAGCUCCAAACCGACAUGACGGACCUGACAGCUGAUUUGGAAAAUUCUGGAAUUCCUACUCUGGAUCACACCACAUACAUUAUGAAGGUUUUCUUUCCAGGGGUUAGCGAUCAUCCAAUCCUAAAUGCGCUUAAGGUACGACUGAAUGGUCCCAAAACCAAUUACGAUGCAGCCAUGUUACAGUUUGAACAAUUAAUAAAUAAUAAGUAUUUUAUUUUAACGUUUAUAGAUAUAUUAGAAAACCAGAAGUCCUUUAAUAUUAGGAAUAAGGUAAAUGUAGCGUCACUAUUAAUGGUUGUUUUAAUGGACAAAAUGGAAUAUGCUACAGAUAUUUUAAAGUGUUUGUUACUGCGAUUAAUAGAUAAGUCUGUAAAUACGAAAUAUCCUCAGUUGAUGUUAAGACGGACGGAGAGCGUAGUAGAAAAAAUGUUAACUAAUUGGAUGGCCUUAUGCAUGUACCAUUAUUUAAAAGAGUACGCAGGUUCCUCGUUGUUUUUGUUAUUCAAAGCCAUUAAACAUCAAAUUGAAAAGGGUCUUGUCGACGCCAUCACUCACGAUGCGAGGUAUUCUCUGUCAGAAGAAAGGCUGCUAAGAGAAAAUGUCGAACACAGUACAGUGACUCUUCAUAUCGUUCAGGACGAUUUAGAUGAAAAAAUCCAAUGCAAAGUGUUAGACUGUGAUACUGUCAGUCAAGUCAAAUCAAAAAUCUUAGAUGCUCUGUUCAAAAACACUCCGUUUUCGUUAAGGCCAUCCAUCCAUGAAGUUGAUUUAGUUUUAAUAUUUCCGUCAGAGUGGAGGCAUGGAAGGGGUGGUCAUCUAACUCUCCAGGAUGAAGACCUCACAACCAAAACUAUCGGAGGCUGGAAGAAACUGAAUACUUUGGCACAUUACGGAGUGAAGGAGAGUGCUGUUAUGUCGUUAAUUUCGCGACAAAACGACAGUUUUAACAACUGUAAACAGCCGUGCCAUACCUGUGUGUCUGGCAUGUACUUAAACAACUCCCAGACACCUAUUUUUGCUCAUACCAACGGAGAUGUCGAAGCACCAAAUCAUCCGAGGGUGUUUCAUUUAAUAAAACCUGUAGAAGACCACCAGUUUCCCAACAACAAAAUUUUAGAACGGACUCACAAAGCCAUACCGGAAAUAUUCCUCACCAGGCUUCUUUCAACCAAAGGCACUAUCCAGAAAUUCGUUGACGAUUUCUUCAUGACGAUUUUAACUGUCAAUGAAGCCCUACCGCCAGCUGUUAAGUGGUUGUUUGACCUGCUAGACGAGGCAGCGAGAAAAUACGGAAUUCAAGACCCUGAAGUAGUUUACGCGUGGAAAUCAAACAGUCUUCCAUUAAGGUUUUGGGUGAACUUUAUCAAAAACCCCGAUUUUAUUUUUGACAUCAACAAGACCAACACUUUGGACUCCUGUCUGUCAGUUAUAGCUCAAACUUUUAUGGACGCUUGUUCCACGACAGAGCAUCGCCUUGGAAAGGAUUCACCUUCAAACAAAUUACUUUUUGCCAAGGAUAUCCCGAGGUAUAGAGAUAUGGUAGCUCAGUUUUAUUCAGAUGUAGCUAUGCUGCCUGUUAUAACCGACCAAGAAAUGGGCUCUGCAAUGCAACAACUGUCAGCUCAACAGGCUGAGGAAUUCGACACUAUGGCUGCUCUAAAAGAACUCUACAUGUACGUCACGAAAUAUCGGGAUCCUUUACUGGAAGCAUUGUCAACAGAUCCGGUUUGCUGGAGAUUGAACCUGGCUCAGAAGCUGGAUAGUGUAGCCUAUACACUUGGAGGCGAGGAAACAUCUGGCUGCUGACCACAUGAGUCACCUGAUCCGCUGCUGCCUCUACAUUUGGCGCCCUGAUAGCACUUUCGACACACACAUGCUUUUGUUGACAGCGACAGUACUUUCUACUCUAGCGACUUAGUUAUAGUCGUAGCAGUCCUUAACCAUAAAACAUUUAAACGCGUUUCGAUUCUAUAGUAGUUUAAGAAAUCAGCGUUUAUUUUAGAUCAAUUGAUUAUAGUUAUAUUUCACGCUCUACAGGGAAGCAUAUGUGACUUUUCUUUAUAAUUAGCUAAUUUGUCUUUAUUGAAUAAAGUUUUUUUUAAAAUACAUUUAAUGACAUUACGGAAGCGAGGGGUGGUGACCACAUGAGUCUCCUGUUCUCCUAAAGAUUACCUUAAAAAAAAUUGUGUUGUGUUUGGUACAUUUUCCAUAUAUUUGACCUGGCGCAUUCGCCAUUUCGGUAAAUAAAAGUGAUUAAUAUGAGGUACCUAUUUUAUAAAUUAAACAAAAAAAAGUCACAUAAUGCUCUUGUCUUUCGAACGUCUUACAAAAAUCUGAAACGCAGUUUUUUUAUGUAGUCAAUGACAAGCUCAGGUUUAUCACAGAUUUGUUUUAAUCGUUCCAAAUUUUUAAAGAAAGAUAAUAAUAGUGUCGGUGUUAAGGGAAAAUAUAAUUUUGUUUUAUUUUAAUUUGAUUUGUACAGUAAAGGGUAUAAGGUUUUUGUUUGCCCUAUUCAGAAAAAAUUUAUAACAUUAUAUGGGGUCUUAUAUUUUUAGCAAAGUAUUAAAUUAAAGCGCAUGGUUAUUUUUUGACGCUCUCUAUAUAUUCCGUCCAUUUUGCUUUACAGACAGUAAAGUGUUAGAAUUCUCUUAAAUAAGAAUAUAUAACAUCACUCACUUUCAAUCAUCAAAUUUGUAAAACUUACCCUUUAUCACGAUCACCCAGAUAUUUUAUUGCUAUAUAGUGUAAAAACGAUGUCAUUGACUGUAUAUACUUCAAAUUUUGACUAUAUUAGAUGUAAUUAUACCCUAAGCUGUACUUUGUUGUUUGUCAUGCCUGUCUAAAAGGAUAUAUGUAUUUCAGGAUACUGAGUCAAGUGAACCGAAACUAAACAUAAGAACGUAGUAAAGCAAAGAACAAAACAGAAAAUACAGUAAAAUAUUGCAGAAUUAUAAAAAUAAUAUGUUUUACAGUCAUUUUGCAGCUUCUAAUAUACAAGUUGCUUUCAUCGAGGUUGUUCUUUGCUUGAGUACGUUUUACGUGAGGUUUGCUCGCUGGGCUCGGUGCAAUUAGUAAACUCCCUCUGUUGACAAAAAAUUGGCACGUGUGUGCGGUCGAGCGCGUGUUAUUUUCUGUGAUAUGGCGCAUGGUCAGGUGACUGUCUAUUGGAUGCGUACUUACCCUCCAGCGGUCACUAGUUUCCUUCCUGAGUGCCUCGCUAUGCUGAUGGGACGUGACUUGGACAGUGUUUUUUGCGCAACUAGAAUGAAGUGUAUGCCACUGAUUAUAAUAGCGCACUUUUGUUCGGUCCGGUUAGCCUAGUUUUUAAGUAGAUAUUAUAGACAUUGAUUCUAUACUGGACGUCUGCUGGCACCACCCAAAUACCCCCCAUUCUGUCUUGGAUCUUAAUAGAUAUUUAUUCCAUACACUAAUAGAAGUAAUAGUUAUUUCAGAAACUACUAUUUUAUUUUCAGAAAUUUUUUAUGUUUUAUCACCAUAAAGAGAGGAAAGCUUAUUUGGGUAGUGAAAAAUGACAACCAAUAUAUACGUGUAUCUGACUGAUGUUUGAAUUCACAUUUAGUCGUACUUUUUUAAUGUUAUUUCGACAGUUUCUCCGCAGUAUUAGCAUCAAAUGAGUGUCUAAAUCACAUGCAAUUGCUGAAUAUAUAACAUAGUAAGGAAACUGUUGUGGAAAAAUGUCAAUUUCUAUGUAAAAAUAUACUCUAUCAAGUUAUAAAUAUUUAUGCAUUUUUAGUUUAAUUUCUGAAUUGAUUUUUAUCAUAUUAUUCUCUAAGUAAUUGCAUGUGAAACUAUGCAUUCAAAGAAUAUUUAUAUAAACAGGCGCUUUUUGUCACUACUGUAAUUAAACAAAGUGGAAUUCCUUAGUUUGUAAUGCUGACAUUCAAAAAAAAAGGGCUUCAAUAUUUCAAACGAUUCAAACUGUUUUAUUUUAAGGAUAUAGUGACUUGCAUAGUAGUAUCAUAGAGUAUGUUUAGGUAGAUAGAUUUAAUGGGAAUUACACUUUCUUAAAGUACAGUUUAAGCGUGUCAAUUUCUAUGUACAUAUUAGAUGAUCAGGCCUUCAUGCUUUAAAUAAAGAAAAAAACUUUUUAAAUACUAUUUAUUAAAAGAAAGUUUAUACUGUGAAGGCUUUGUCGUUAUUAUUUUUUAAAAUUAUUAGAUAGGUCUCGGUCUGUCACCUGAUUAUGUAAGAAGAGGUUUGACACAAGGAUUCUUUAUGUUAUCAACAUAUUUCUUUCUCGUCUCUCAAAUUAAAAAAUCUCUCAAACUUACAUGAUAUUUGUUAUCUGAUCUUUGUUUUCUUUUGUAAAUAUAUAAAAUGUGCAUAUAGAUUAUUAUAACGGAUUUAUAAAAGUGUUUAUAAAUUAAGCCUACAUUCAUCGAUAUUAUCUAGAUUGUGUUAGAAAAAUUAUUUUUAAAAUUUACUCAUGUACAUGUAGUUGAGGCCUCGUUGCAAUGCAGGUUUUACUUGAUCUACAAUCUCGUAUAUAUUUUUUAUUAACUAUUUGCUGAUAAACAGAGUUGUUCUAAUCUAAAAAGCGUUCCAAUGAGGCCGUCAAAUUUUUAUAAUAAAUAUCGAUGUCUCAACUUAAAAUAUUAAAUAAAUUUUAAAGAAAAAAUAAUUAGAUAAAACACACAGACUGUAAAAUCAUUAUAAUUCGUUUUUUGGUUUUUAUUUCACUUUCCUUAAGUAACUUAGCAGCUUUGACUUCUCUUUAAUAUUUUUCGUAAUGUGAUCGUGAAUUAAAGCUUUUUAUAUAAAAUGUAUUGUUUAGUGAUAUUUUUUUACUCUAUUAAACAUGUAUUCCAGAUUUAAAA